AUGGCCACUCCCACUACCUAUUCAGUCCGCAUCUCCUCGGAGACCCACAAGAUUGAAGCCUGGGUGGCGUCUGACGAAGCUCUGGCCAGGCAACUGCAGGAGGAGGAGAACGCGCGUGACGCUGCUGCCGACACCAGAGAAUUCGCCGGUACAGCUCCACUCUCUGAAUCUGUCCCUUCUUCUGAAUGUAGUCAACUAACACGGUCACUGGCCACAUGCUCAUCCUUCAUUUUCAAUUCAGGCAAUGUGUCCUUGGAGUCAUCGUCACCGGCUGUUGAGUACAGGCCUGCACAGAAUGCACCUCAGGUUGCAAGGGAAGACAAUGUGGACCCAGAUAAUAUGUCAUACGAGCAACUACAAGCAUUAGGGGAAGCAGUAGGAACUCAGUCCAGAGGGUUAUCUGAUGAGCUGAUAUCUUAUUUGGAGCCAUUUAGGAACAAGUGCACGUUCUUCUCUAGGAAAAAGAACAGUGAGGAAUGUGUGAUCUGCAAAACAACAUAUAAAAGCCGGCAGAGGAUGAUAAGACUGCCCUGCAGCCACUGUUAUCACGCAGAUUGCAUAACUCGCUGGCUUAAGAUCAACAAGGAAUUAGCACGGCAUUCAGCAAACAAAACACUAGCAGUCUAUCAAGUCUCAGCCAUUUUUCCUAUCUCAUGGAACAAGGAGAUGGCAAAGAAAUGUUGGCAGAGACAGGGGAGACAAUUGCUCAGGUUGGCCUCCAUGAGGCUCCGCUAG